UUGGACCUGUAUUUCCACAAACCAUAUGAUGGCAGCUUACAAGCUUCUCUGCGCACACGUCAUUGCUUUGCAUGUCACUUAUCUUCCACCUCUCACACAUACAGCCAUAUAUAACUACAUCAUCACCCUCACUUCAUUUCCACCUCAACAAUUCAUCACUCAUGGAGAGAAAAACUUUCAGCUUCAUGUUCUUGCUCCUUCUUGUCUUAGCCUCUGAUGUGGCUGUAGAGAGAGGAGAAGCUGAAACUUGUACGACAAAGAACGAAGAGUGGGCAGGAAGAUGCAUAGAUUAUGAGGGCAGGUGUCAAAAAUGGUGCAGGAACGAAGGUUACCAAGGAGGCUGGUGCAGAGGCCCGCGCUCCUGCUAUUGCCUCUUCAACUGUUGAACUUCACAACAAAACCCUUUUCUUAUAUUAUAUCAUGUUAUCACAAAUAAAUAUAGUAGCAUCAC